UGUGUUGACGGAAGAAGAAGAGGAACUCGUAGCCAGUUGCCGUUGAAGAAGUAUAAGAGGAAGAGAAGGUAUUGUGAGAAGGUAGCUAAUGGCCUUUAGCUGUCCGUGUCUUCGAGAAAGCGUAAAGGCGGACACAUUUCACACUGAAGAGGCUAGCGGAUUUUGAGUUUUGAGGAUACAGAACCCAGGGCAUCCCGGUUCAAGUUAAGGAUCGUGGACAAGAAUUUAAAGACGCUUAUUAGUGAGCAAACCAAACUUUUCAAGCGUUUGAGACACACGAAGAAGGAAUCCAUUAAACCCUUGGGAUCAAGUUAUGUCUCGCCGAAGAAGCCGCAGCCCAUCACCAGGGCGUUAUUCACGCUCCUGCAGCAGUAAUGAUCCUAGAGAUUUGGAGAGAAGGAUUUUUGUUGGGAAUUUGCCGACCUCUGACAUGGAAAAGAAGGAUUUGGAAGACCUGUUCAACCCAUACGGGAAGAUAACUGGCGUAUCCAUGUUUCGUGGGUUUGGAUUUGUACAAUUUGAGCGCGUAGAGGAAGCCGAAGCUGCAAAGGCGGCCCAAAAGGGUCGAAUAUAUAAAGGUUAUAAAAUAGAUGUAAAUAUGGCAGUGGAGCGACGGCAAGCUAAACCUCAAUCCCAGCAGAGCCCUCCACGAAGGGCCCCGUAUAGCAGUUAUGGGGACAGCAAAGAGCCCCGGCCUCGGUCACGCUCACCCUUGUAUGGGCGUGAUGGCCGGGAGCCUCGAGACAGUCGAGAUGGACGUGAGUCUCGGGACAGCCGUGAUGGGAGGGACCCAGGUCGAGAGCCGAGGGCGGGUGGACACUCUCGUGACCCUGAUUACCGGUACCGUAGUACAGAGAGCAGAGACAAGGACCUCAGAGGUGACCCACGGGAUCCUGCAUACAGCAGAGAUGAGUAUGACAGAUACUAUCGCAGUGGUGCUGAAGAUUAUUACCGAAGGAAGGAUGAACCUUACCGGGACCCUUACAGAGAUCCCUGGAAUGGACGCCGUGAACCAGAGGAUGAUCGUGCUCGACCAGAGGAGCGUCGGCGUAAUGAAUUGUACCGACAAUACUAUGAAGAACUCCAGCGGCGCUAUGACAGUGACCGUCCUGUUGACUGUUCUGUUAUUGUCGUCAACAAGGCACAAAAUAGGGAGUAUGCUGAGACGGUUGGGCGGAAAGUCCGUGAUUUGGGUAUGGUGGUGGAUCUGAUCUUCCUCAACACAGAAGUCUCACUGACCCAGGCAUUGGAGGACGUAGGCCGAGCGCGCACUCCCUUUGCCAUCAUCAUUACCCAGCAGCACCAAGUUCACCGGUCCUGCACUGUCAACAUCUUGUUUGGCACACCACAAGAGCAUCGAAACAUGCCAAUGCAGGAUGCUAUGAUGCUGGUUGCCCACAACUAUGAUGCCUACAAAGUAGAAAACCGUGAAAAGGAGCGCGAGGAGAUCGCCAGAAAGGCUGCCAAGAUGGCAGACGAUGUGUUACUCAGGGAGCCAGACAGAGAGAGCCACCCAAUUUCUGUGCUCACUGCCAUCACACUGCUGUCUGAAAACAGGUUUGUAACCCCAGAAGAACUGGAUAGUCUCAUUGUGUACCUGAAGGACAAAAGAGCCCGACUGCUACGAAGUGCUGCAGACCCUCUUGCAGCUGGAGUCCACGUUCCAGCUCCUGCAGCAAGCCACCCUGACAUUCCACCUUCAGCUGCUGGACUCCCUCCUCCAUCCCAUUCUACUCACAUGCCCUCACAGUCCAGCCACCUCGGCCUAACAGCUGGUUCAGGCACCUCAGCUAAUCCCAACCAUCAGCAGGAGCUGCAGGCUAAAAUCCUCAGUCUGUUUAACAGUGGAACUGGGGUGUCGGCAGGUACUGGAGGGCCUUCCGUCCCCCAGUCACAGGCCUAUGGCUCCCUUGGCCCAUCCCCUUCACAGAACCCACCCCGCCAAGCCAUGCCUAGCUCUCUUCCAUCUGGAUCCCAGGGUUAUGUCCCUCAACAGAGCCGCAUGCCAGUUGCGUCAGGUGUUCAGAGAGCCCCCACUGCUUCAGGUAUCAAUUUUGACAACCCAAGUGUACAAAAAGCUCUGGACACCCUCAUUCAGAGUGGACCGUCUCUCAGCCCCCUGGUGAAUGCCGUUACCUCUCAACAACCACCUCCCAGGGCGGCACCUAGCAUGGGCCAGGUCACACCUAUGUCCAUGUAUCCUCAACAUUACUGAUGGGUUGUGGAAAAUUACCUUUUUCUCCUAACAUGAGGCCCACCUGUCUCUCCAACACAAAUAGACAACACAUCAGUCCUCUGUGCAGUAAAUUUACCGGCUGUGUAUAGGUAGACCGUAGGGAUGUUUUGUCUUAGUAUUGUGUUCAGUUAAUUCAAUUUGACAACUUGUCCAGGCUACCUAAAGGUCUGUAUUUUUACCUAUUAGCCAGAAGAUGAUUAUUCAGUCUUCUUACAUGUAAACUACGGUAUGUGGUGAAGUGUGUAAAGUGCACGAUAUUUUGGUUUAUGAUGGACUACUUGGUUCUUUUUCAGCCAUGAUCUGUUGUGUUUUAUAGUUUGUCUUUUUAAUUUGUAACAUUUCAAUUGUCAAAACAAGACAUAAUUAAAAACUCAAGACACAGUUGCUUUAAUAAAA